AUGACGAAUCUUUUUAGUUAAAGAUCAAAAUUUAAAUAUAAAACAAGCAGAAUGUCUGGACAACCUCAUUUCAAGUAAAGAAGCAUUCUAAUAUUUAGUUUUCUAAAUGUGUCAAAUUUUGGCAUGUUGAAUCCUUAAAAUACAUAAAUAUCUUAAGCGUACGAGAAGGCAAUUAAAGAAGCUGUGAAUAGUGUGCAAUUAUAAAAAUUAGGAAAAAAACAACUAUAAUAAAUUGCAAAAGAACUGGGUAUUGCUGAAAAAAAAAAAAAAGAAGAAAUAAUUACCUUAAUUCCUAAACAUCUUCUACAAUUUUUGAUAUAAGUAGAUCCUUCAAGACCCAUGGAAUAGCUUCUUUAACACCAACCAAACCUCUAAAACAACGAGACCAUAAUGGCCAUCUUAAAGAAAUUUUAAGGAAGCAUAAUCAAUAGAACAUAAUAAUUCCAACAACAACCACAAAUGCAACGAGCCAUGCCAUAACUCUUGCAAAAUCCUUAUCUGAAUUAUGUAUUGAAUUCAUUUCAAUUUAAGAUGGUACUCCCAUAAGCAUAACAAGCUUAACAAUAAUUAUUACAAUAAUACCCUCCAAUAAUGAAUAUGAAUCUCUAUCAAUAACAAAUGAGAUAAAAUACUCCACAACAAUUUUACUAUCAAUAAUACAGUAUGCAUUCUACAUUAUUUAGAUCAAUGGAAUGAUUCCCUUACUAUUCCACAAACAGAAAUUUAAUAACUCCUCAUGUGUCCAUGUAAGUAAGAAAAUUACAAUUAUUCCUAGAAUCAUUCCCGCCAAAAGGGUUACUAAUGAAGAAGUUAAAUGCAUUAAUUGUGAUAAUAAACUUCAUAUUUCAUGUAUGAAAUUGUAACCCAACGAUGUUAAGAUGUUUGAAUGUCCAGUUUGCAUACUCAGCAAAAUUGAUCCACUCAAUUAAAUUAUUAAAGUUCUUACAAAACCAACAUUGAUGAAUACUAAUUCAAGUACAUUAAGUUUCAUGCUUAAUUCAGAAGAAUUUCAGUAUUAUCUAAUUAUAUAACCAUAGUCAAUUAUAAGAUAGAUCAUUUUAAUACUAAGUUGAAUUAAGAUCAAUUAGAUUAGAUGCUAAAUACAUGAAUGAAAUUACUUGGCCUGAUUUCUGUGAAAUAUCAAUCAAUUAACAACGUCUUGUUGAACUCAAACCACUUAAAUCUAAUAGUAGUCUUAAAAAAAGAAAGGAUGAAAUUUAAAUCAUUCCAUUUUAACAUAACAAUAUUACUCUCUCCAUUAAAUAAGGAUACAAUCAAAUCAUAAUAAAAGAAGGUCAAAAUUUUCAAGAACCCAAAACAUAGUUUAAAUUAUGUGAAGAGUAAUAUCAUAUAUUUAAUAAUAUAGUGGUGUCUAUGCAUAAGCUAUUUAUUUAACCAAGAAAAGACCUCAUUAGGAAUUAAUCAAUCAGAUUAAAUAAAAUAAAGAAUGUAUCAAAACUAAAGAAGAGUGUAUUCAACUCAUUUAAAAAGCAUGUGUUGCUGAAAAAACAGAUAAUGAUGUUCAAAUUGAUAAAAUUACUAUCAAAGCUUCUCUUAAAUGUUAGUUUGAUUCUUAGAUGAUCUAAGUAAUAGUUUCUAAAUAUUAUUAGACACCUGCUAGAGGAAGAUUUUGUACUCAUGUAUAAUGUUUCUCUCUUGAAAAUACAAUAACUAUUAAUGCAGGAACAUCUAGAAAAUGGAAAUGUCCUGUUUGCAAAAAAAAAAUUUUUGAUAUCAUGAUUGAUUAGUAUUAAUUACAAUUACUGGAACAAUAUAGAAAUAACAAAGAAAACAUAAAAGAAGUUGUUUUUGAUUAAAAUGUAUUUUAUUUAUUCUAUCUUUAGGGUGUAAUAGUUUAAGAGAUUAAGGAGGAAUUGGAAGAGUCUGAAGAAGAAUAAGUUAGUAUCAAUAAAUAGAACUAAUUAGAAGAAUAAUAAAAAUAACCAAUUUAGUAGUUGGGAGAUCCAACACUUCUCCAUAGAUUAAUUAUGUUAAAUCCUACUACUCUCAUAUAGAUGUAGUUAUAUUAAAAAUAAAUGGACUAAAUAUCUGUUCUCUAGUAACAGCAAUAAAUAUAAUAACAAUAACUGUAGCAUAAAGAGAAAAAUGAAAAUAUCAAUACUUAUUAAAAUAAAUCAUAGUUAAAAUAAUUAGUUGAAUCAAAUUUAACUAAUAUUGAAGGAAAAUAAAACUCAUUACAAUAAUUAUUAUCUUAAUAAGCAAUUACUAAACCUAAAUUCAUAAAAUUUAAAAAAUUUGAAACUUGGGUAGACGAAGUAUCACAAUAAGAACUUGCAUAAAAGAAUUUAGAAAAAUAGAUAAAUGAUUAAUAAAAUGAAGAUUAGUCAAAUUUAGAAUAAAAGUAAUCAGCAUAAUAAUAAGAUUAAUAAUCAUAAGAAAAGUAAUAAUAAUAACAAUAGUAAUCAUUGCAAUAAUAGCAACAAUAAUAAUAGCAACAAUAAUAAUAAUAAUAAUAAUAAUAAUAAUAAUAAUAAUAAUAAUAGCAAUAAUAGCAAUAAUAAUAAAUUACACAUUAAGAAAAUGAUAAACCAAUAUAAAAGUCUAAUAGAUUGAAAGAAAGAAUGGUUAGAGUAAUAAAAAAAUAAUUUUCUGAAUUUAUAAGAAAAAAUUUUGCUAAUAAUAUCAAUGCCUCCACAGAAAAUAAUGUUAAAAAUCCUUCAUAAACAUAAUAAUAAUAAAGUGCCACUAAGAAGUAUAUUUAUAAACUUUCUGAAGAGAAACCUAAAAUUAAUACUACUAAUCAAUUUACAAAAAUGUUAGCUGAUCAAAUCAUUAUGUAAAACCCUGGGCAAAUUGAAAAGCAACAUGAAGAUUUGAAAACUUUUGGAGAAGAGCAAUUAAAAUCAUUAUAAGCUUUUCUCCCUCAAGGAUUUCCAACUCCAUAAAAUGUAUUUUAAUAAUAAAUAGUCACUUAAAAAUAAUCAGAUUCUAGUGCUUAAAUUUAAAAAGCAUUAAGUAACUAAAAUCCACCAAUUAUUGGAUAACAACCAUAAAUUUAAUAAAUAUAACAACAAUAAUAACAAUAAUAAUAACAAUAGCAACAACAAUAAUAAUAACAGCAAAAAUAAUUAUAACAAUAACAAUAAUUAUAACAAUAAUAACAACAAUAAUAAUAAUAAUAAUAAUAAUAAUAAUUAUAAUAAUUAUAAUAAUAAUAAUAGUAAUAAGUUCCUUAAUAAAAAAUGAAAGAAAAAUCUUUAUAGAAAAUAAAAUCUCCUCAACCAAACAGCAGUCAUGAGGAUAAAAAUGGUAAAGAUAUGGAAAAUCCAAUUUGUAUAGAUUGA